UGGAGCUUUGUCAUCUCGAAUAACAAGUGUCAUGUGACCAUAAAGAAAAGAGAGUGUCCUGUCCCGUGUGAUCAGUCCCAUGCGCGCUCAGGAGCAGAUCUGUAACGCUCUGUGAUCUAACGGGACGACUCUGCUGCACUUUUCACACACUCGGUGAAGGAUCGUGUCCAGAAUGGUUCCUCUGCUCAUCCUCUCAGUGCUGGCGGCUGUGGUGUGUGGGCAGACAUGCAACUCCCGGGAGAACAGUGAGCUGCUGCUGUCUCUGAACAAGGCUCUGCUGCGCUCAGUGGAGAAUCAGGAGCAGCUGCCGAACCCUAGUGUGCACCUGGCCCUGCGCCUGUCGGACCUGCACAACCAGGCGCAGGAAAGUCUGCACCUGCAGCGUCUCACCAGCCAGCUGCAUGCCCACAUCCAGAGCUCUCUGUCCCAGGCCCCCUCCUCUCCUCAGACCCACCCCUCUCCUGGUCUCCUGGCUCUGUAUGUUUUGGCACUCAAGUCGUCCUGCUACGACCUGAGCACCGUCACCUUCACAGUGAAAGGUCACACAGUCACUCUGCUCAACCUGCUCAAGAGCACCAUGCAGCGGGAGAAGGAGGAGAUUACAGUGAGCCAGCACAGCCGUCCCUCCACAAACUACUACCAGUACUCCCUGGGGGUGCUGGCCCUGUGCGUGGGCGGGGUCAGGGUGGAGCACCAUGUCCUCCAUAAGCUCGUGAAGGCUGUGGAGCAGGAUCAUCUGAAACACGGAGAAGCUGAGUGUGCGGACUCGUACGCCAUGGCGGGGAUGGCCCUUCAGUGCGUCAAAGACUCUGGGGCCCACGUCCUGAGGGCCCAUGAGCUGAGCAUAGCACUCACAAAGAUUCAGAACAAGCUGUUAGCAGCACGCAGACCUGAUGGCCACAUCGGCAAUGAGUACAGCACCGGCCUGGCAGUCCAGGCCUUAGUGGCGAUGGGCCAGCAGGUGCCUGAGUGCUCCGUGUAUCUGGAGGCUCUGAGGAGAGAUGCCCGCAGCAACCUGUACCACAACCCCAUGGCCCUGUCCCAGCUCCUGCCCGCCCUCCACCUGCGCUCCUAUGUCUCCACCAGGACCAAGCAGUGCCUGGCUGAGGACGACAGCCUGGUCCUGGACCCCCCUGAGCCUGUGAUAGAGGCUACUGUCCGGCCCAAAGUCUCUGUGUCGGUGACAGUGCAGCGCUCAGACGGGGCACAGAGGUCGUACAGUGUGGACGUGCCUCAGGGGAGCUCUCUGCUGCAAACACUGGAGCUGCUGGCCACAGAGAACGAUAGUUUCACGUUUGAGAAAGAGUCCAGUCUGUGGGGGCCCUUCCUCAGUGUAGUGAAUGGAGAACAGGCACGGCAGAGCGACCGCAGAUACUGGCACCUGUCAGCAGAGGGAGCCAGCCUCACACAGGGUAUCAGCGAUUACAAGAUUGAGACACCUCAGAAGAUCGUCAUUAAGAACACGAGCUACUGAACACAGCUCUGCUCCAGGCCGAUGACUGCUUUUGUGAACUCUCUCUCUAGUUUUUUUUUUUUUUUUACACUGAAUGACUUGUCAAAAGGGAAAUA